AUACAUCGCCGAACUAGUAAUUGAACUGAUAUCGAUAUAGAAGACUCCAGAAAACAUCGAUACAGAAUCAUUGUGAAAUCGGUCCCCGUUGGAUACACAUCGUGUUCUCCGUGAAUAUUCUAAAAAACUAAAUAAAUUAUACAUUUACGUCACGCUCAUUAAGUGAAAAUGGCACGUACCAAGCAGACCGCCCGUAAAUCGACUGGAGGCAAGGCUCCACGUAAGCAGCUGGCCACCAAGGCAGCCCGCAAAUCGGCACCGUCCACCGGCGGCGUUAAGAAGCCCCAUCGUUAUCGUCCCGGCACCGUUGCUCUGCGUGAGAUUCGUCGCUACCAGAAGUCCACUGAGCUGCUUAUCCGCAAGCUGCCCUUCCAGCGUUUGGUGCGUGAAAUUGCUCAGGAUUUCAAGACCGAUUUGCGUUUCCAGUCAGCUGCCAUUGGUGCUCUGCAGGAAGCCUCCGAGGCCUACUUAGUGGGUUUGUUUGAGGACACCAACUUGUGCGCUAUUCAUGCCAAGCGUGUCACCAUUAUGCCCAAGGACAUUCAGUUGGCGCGUCGCAUUCGCGGCGAGCGUGCUUAAGCGCAGCAAACACAAAAAACAUCAACAAAAACAAA